CGGUACUUUUUGACAUGUUCAGGUUUUGUGACAUAUGCACGCACACAUUCAUGGCUGUGAUUGUAUUGCUUGUACUUCAUAAAUAUUUUUCGCCUACGACAGCCAUGCAGGAGACAUCCUGUGCUAGAUUUUUAACUAAAUAAGUAGUUAUAAAAAAAAUACAAAUUAUGGAGCAGGCUAAAUCUAGUUCACCUAAACUUUUUAUGUGCACCGCUAUAGAAAACAAGGAUGAAAUUGAAGAGAGAUACGAGAGAGCCUACAACUUCUUCCAAUCCCUCGUAGCCGACUGCAGUGAAAAGGAAACACAUGAUGCACUUAAUAAUGCGGUUUGCAAAAAUCAUGAGGAGGUGUCCCUUGGGAUGCUGAUGUCCAUAUUGACAGAGCCCCACAACGCUACGAAGUGCUAUCGAGAUCUAACGCUAGUGACCCGCGAUGGACUCACGUGUGUGCUCAACAAUCUAUCCAAUUUGAUUCUGGAAAGGUAUUUAAAGUUUCAAGAUACUACUCGAAAUCAAUUACUAUGGCUGGUGAAAGAAAUGAUACGGAAUUCCGUAACUGGAAUAGACAGCGUGUGCUGGAACUUAAUGCGAUAUGCUUCUGGGGGUGAUAUUACCCCAAAGAACAUAUUGUUAGUAGAAUCUCUAUUGGAUAUUUACAUUGAGAACAGAGCAUGGCUGGACAAAUUUCCUGUACUUAUUUGUAUGGUGGUGUACACAUAUUUACGGUUAAUAGAAGACCACAAUAUUCCACAACUCAUGGUCUUAAGGCAGAAAGAAGUGAACUUUGUAAUUUCUCUAAUAAGAGAAAGAUUUGCUGAUGUUUUGACAUUGGGACGAGAUAUGAUCCGAUUGCUGCAGAAUGUGGCUCGCAUUCCAGAAUUUAAUCAACUAUGGCAGGAUAUACUAACAAAUCCAAAAUCUCUGUGUCCCACUUUUACUCAUGUCUUGCAAAUUCUACAAACAAGGACCUCCAGAAGGUAUCUACAGUCCAGGUUAACACCGGACAUGGAACGGAAAUUAGUAUUCCUUACAUCUCAAGUAAGAUUUGGUCAUCAUAAGAGGUAUCAGGAGUGGUUUCAAAGACAGUACCUUGCUACACCAGAAUCACAAUCAUUACGGAGUGACAUGAUACGAUUCAUUGUAGGUGUGAUACAUCCAACAAACGAACUUCUUUGUUCUGACAUCAUUCCGAGAUGGGCUGUUAUUGGAUGGCUAUUAACAACCUGCACGUCUAAUGUUGCCGCUUCCAAUGCCAAAUUAGCUCUAUUCUAUGAUUGGUUAUUUUAUGAUCCAGAAAAGGACAACAUCAUGAACAUAGAACCUGCAAUAUUAGUAAUGCACCACUCUAUGAGAUCACACCCAGCCGUCACUGCCACUUUGUUAGACUUUUUAUGUCGAAUAAUCCCUAACUUCUAUCCGCCUUUUGCUGAGAAAGUUAAGCAAGGAAUAUAUAGUUCCCUUCAGCAGAUCAUAGAAAAAAGAGUGCUGCCUAAUCUUCAACCAUUGUUCGAUUCUCCUAAGUUGGAUAGAGAAUUGCGAACAACAGUGAGAGAGACUUUCAAAGAGUUCUGCAGCAAUGGUAAUGGGGAAGGUGCUUCCGGGGUGCUGGCGGAGAGUAACGAGGAGAUGCCUAGAGGUCCGGAUGAGCCUGCAUUCUCAGAUGAUGAAGAAGACCCCUUGCCAAUUAUAGCUGAAGAUACAGAUGACGAUGACUUACCCUUGUCUGAAGUACGUGCGCGCGAAAGACCUGAACUAGCAGCUGCUUUGCCUUUGAGCCUGCGGCCUUUAGCAGAAACUCUUCUAGACGACCGCUCCGCCGCCGCCGCGACCGCUCUGCUGAACGCUUGCAGCACAUCAAUGCCAACAGCUACGGCUCUAGCUGAUCUUUUUACAGCUGCAAGUCAGGAGGCGCCACCGUUAAAAAUCAGCGCAGACCCUACUCCAGCUGAACUAGAAAUACAAGUUAACACGCCUAUUUUCGCCAUGUUCAACUUCCUUUCCAAAAGCAGCGACGGAGGCGAGACUAAACGCAAACUAAUACUUGAGACAUUCAAAGAGAUUCGAGCUCAGAACGCAUUUCACGGAGCUGGAUACAGCCUUUUAUUUUACUUGAAGGUAUGCUUCGAGCGCGACCGGCGCGCCGAACAGGACCUCGGGAAAAGGAGAAACGUGAAAUUCAAGUCAGAAAUUUACCGAGAUUAUUGUAGUUAUUUGGAACUUAAGAUUGGCGACAGUUUGGCGGACGAUUUUGAGAAAUGUCAGGAAUGCGACGCUAACGCUUUAGUGUGGUUAAUACCGGACGUGUACAGAGAAUUUAAAGAUCAGGCUCAAAACCACAUUAAGUUAUUGCAUGUGAUAGUUUCUACUUUAGAUGCUGGGCAGUUACAGCGCCUCGUAUGUCUAACGUUGCAGAACAAUUUGAUGAUGUUCAAGUCUGAUGACAUCACGAUGAUGUUAUUGACAAGUUUGGGGUGGGAGACAUUUGAACAGUAUUGUCUAUGGCAACUUUUGACUGCUCACGACAUUUCCCUUGAAGAUGUCUUGCCAAUUAUCCCGAAGUUGUCUUAUAAGGAUCAUGCGGAAGCAUUGACAUCUGUUUUACUAAUGUUGAAGCAAGGAAAGCCAAGCGCAGAUGUGCUGAGACAACUGUUCUGUAGGGUGGUGCAACAGGAAGACACGUUUGUUGUGUCAACACUGUUGUAUUGGUGUCAAGAUUAUGAGGACAAGGUUGGGGAUUUGGUAGCGGUGUUGUUAAGCACGCGGUAUCCAGGAACAAGCCCCAACAAGAGAAAACGGCCCGGGAAACACAGCAUUCCACCGAAUGCCCCUCCUUCUGCUGAACUGGUCCUUGGACAUCUAGAGCAGAUGAGAGUGAACUGCGUGGAACAAGAUGAUAUGUCAAUUUUUAAUAUGGAAUGUAUGCAGAAAUCGCUACAGUUAGCUCAGUCGAAUAGUAGUGAUAGUAUAAGGAGACAAUACAGUGAUUUGUUUCUACUGGCAUGGGAAGACGAGUUGCCAAUCUCCAGACGCGCUAGGAAGCUAGUCUCCAAUUCACUGCCACUAUCACUAAGCACAAGCUUGCAUUCUUCCAACGACGAUAGCGAGGAAGAAGAGAUAGUGAAGCCAAAACAGGCAAAACGACGGAAGAAGGCUAUCUCCGACAGCGAUUGACAUAUCUGGCGUAAAAUGGUAACUUAAACACCAAAGUGCAACUCUACGAUACAAACCUCGUGAGGCCCACCAUACAAAGUUUCCCUAUUUUAAAUUUGAGCCUUGUUGUAUAAUAUAUUGGGGUGACUUUCGUUUGUUUUAGAAAACAAAAGAAAUGCAACUUUAUUACGUUUCUGAAAGGUUCAUAUUAGAUUGAAACAGGGUGUACAUUGUAAUGCACAUUGGGCCUCACGAGAAUAAAUAUUAUGUGUAAUACAUAAUUACGUUCGUUACCUUAUGUUAUCAUCCGGGUACAGUUCUAAGAAUUGUUACCUUUAGUUUUUUAUUAGUUUUGCCUUUUAAGUAAUUGUACAUUAAAUCCACACUUAAUAUACUCAUGGUUGUUGGUUCUUAAUGCUGUUGUUAGGCGGAUUUUAGUUUUCAAACAUUUGCCGAAACCGUAUUUCUUCAUCUUGUGGGUACCCUUUUAAAAUGCUGGUUCCGCCGUCAUUAUAACCAGCAUUAUGAUAAAGCUGUUUCUAUAUCCGAGAUACUAAAAUGACAAUGCGAUUGUCGUAACGAACAAGAAUGACGCCAAUGACCGGUAUAUCGGCACCGCAGGUCCAACGCCAAAGACGGAUUAAUCCGUCACAGACCACAGAGCAACAUAGACCUACGUGCAUGUGCAUAAAGUUUAAUUUCAGUUUUGACACUUCGGUGACGUGGCUUCCGAGUGACAGGUAUUGUGUUUGACACGGCGUCGAAAAGGUUAAAUACACGGUGGCUUAAAAAUGAGUGCAUUUCCGUUGCCAGGGAGGUUUUGGGAUUAUACUGAGCAACUUACUAUGGGACCAACCCAGAAAUCGCGAAAAAAAAUUUGGCCGUUUCAUACAUUUUGGCUGGUCCAUGUUCUAUGGGAGGGUAUUUUUUUUUUUCGCGAUUGCGUGGUUUGUCCCAUAGUAAAAGUUGCUCUGUAUACUCCCUGUCAAUGGGAAUGCACUCAUUUUUUAGCCCCCGUGUAUUAACCUUUUCGACGCCGUGUCAAACACAAACGUUGUUGCCGCUACUAAGUACUAAAAAGUACGGAAGCCUCGGUGGGCGAGUCCGACUCGCACUUGUCCGGCUUUUUUUAAUAAAUGGAACCAGGUGUCAACUUCGCCUAAAAAGGUACUUUACGAGUAGUAAUAAUAUUAUCGCAAACAUUAGUUCAACAAAUAUCACAAUAAAUGAUUGAGCAGAUCUGAAGGCCUACCGCGAACAGUUCGCAACGGGCAUUUUUUUCUGUCACUAAUGCCAAUUGGAGUAAAAGGGAAAGACGCCCGCAAUUUUCGAACUUCGGUGUUCGCGGUAGGCCUUCAGAUGACCAAAACUCACUUAUUACUACCACAAGUUCAGAGCCAUCGUGAACAGUACUGGGCGUUUUCUAAAAUAAAUUUUGGUGUUUGACGAUCCUUUUGUGAGUUUUUAUUAUUAAGUUUUGACAUAUCUAUAAUAAUUCAAUGUUUUUAAGAAUAAUAAUAACUGUAUCAAUAAAUUGCUCUGAUAUUUAGAUUAAGGUAAUAUUUAAAACUUGACAAUUUAAAAGUGCUUGUUGCUAGGUCUAUUUGAAUAAAGAAUAAAUUGAAUUGAAUUGAAAACCUGAUUCUUUCAAAUCUUGACAUUCUUGGGCUCAUUCUACUCAGAACUGACAGCAUGAAAUGAAAUGUAUUAUAUUUGUCAGAAUAUGGUACAUUGAUGUUAUCUUAAGUUAGAAUUAAUGCAAGUAAAAAUAGAUGUCCCAAAAUGUCCAUUCCAUUACGUCACGUUUUAGUGUGAAAAAAUUUUUUACUUGCAUGUGACGUACUUAGUGAAAAGUACAAUUUUUAUACUAAUAUUUGGGACAUUUUUUUUAUCAUCACAUCAGGAUUCAGGAUUGAAUAUGCUAGUGAUUCUGAGUUGAAAGAACCCAAAAACACCAGGAUCUGUGAGAAUCAGGUUUUCAUUUAUUUUAGAAAACGCCCUACUGUGUUACUCACAGAUUUAAUAUACGCUAGAUGACGCAAAUACCGCGAUUUGUAUUGAAACCAAGCGUGCCGACUUUUUCAUACAAAAUUUACGCAUAAUAUAAUUUUAAAAUUAUUUAUUUGUGAUAGGAAAUGUUCUUGCCUUUGGAGUGUUGCUCGCAAUUUUUGGGCUGUUGCAGUUAAUUAUUAUCCAACAAAGCAUUUUUUAAGUUUUCACGGACGUCCGGCUGCAACAACCGGCGGCGUGGACUGUAAAGAGCGACGGUCAACCUCGACGCUUGGUCGGGGUUCGGACGCGGAGUAGAUGCAUUUGCGUCUUCUAUGGUAUAUUUAUUUGUGAUGUUACUCAUCACUAUGCCGACCUACUACGCAACACCGUAUUUUCCAGCUACAUAUAUUACGAACGUAAUGACAAAAUUCCGAAGCAUGUUUGAGAAAUAAGUUUAAAUUUGAAACAACGCAUGAGUACCUGAGCCAUGAGUUGAAGAGGCAAUAUAAAGUGGAGCACGCUUUAGCGACGACUAAUCACUGAGGGGCCUACCGCGAACACCGAAGUUCGCAAAUACAUCUUUAUCUGUCACUCUAAUUACGCCUUAAUUGGAGUAAAAGAGAAAGAUGCCCGCAUUUUGGGAACUUCGGUGUUCGCGGUAGGCCUCCUGCUUUUAACGUGAACAACUUUGUUUCAUUGUGCCGUCUAGCAUAUAUAAAUAUGUGCAUUCGAAAACCAUUCAAUUGUAAACCUUGCGUUUAUGCAGCAAGGUUCAUUUUCGGUUGCACGUACCGAUUAAUGCUUAGUGGCGCUAUUUCACUGCUUUUGUGUUCACAGUUCGCCGCUAGUUCAAUAUUGAGAUUUUUUAAAUUAUUGCGAAUAAAUAUAAAAAUGAAGUUAGGUAUAAUAAAUUAAAAAAAGCAUAGGCUUUAACUUUGCCUCGUCUUUUACUUAAGGGGACAUUUUAGACCCCCCCCCCCCCCCCCCUAAAGGUGAGCCGACGAUCUGGUUGUGGAGUUCCUCAGUGGAGAGAACUCGAAAUGCUUUAAAAUCCUGAUAGAGCUGAUAAUACCUAUCCCAAACGCAGAAAUGACGAUAUGCAAAGAACUUUGACUUGAAAAACUUGUAGUUAAAAGUUUAAAAACCUCAAUAAGUGCUAAUGAAUGUGGGUACAGGCGGCCAACGAAAAUAUAAUUAACAGAGUAAGGUACUUCGAAUUCAAAGACACUUAAUAACGUUCUUUGAAGCAGGUUUCUUAAUGCAAAAGGUUACAAAUAUGCUCAACUUUUAUUAGGCUUACUGUACCUAUGUAAUAUUGAACUAAAGGCCAGGGCACACCGGUUGCGGAUCUAUAUAUAUUGUAGUAUACGAAUACGUAUAAGAGACGCCACAUCGAUUGCGUGACAUGUGCGUGCACGGCUCCAACAUUUUUCACGGCUACGCACACAGCCGGUGUGAACAGGCAAUAAGCAUUUAGGCUGAAUGUAAACACAAAAGCAUAAAGACAAUUGUAAUGUAAAUUCUAGCACAUCCGAGUAGUCAUAAUGUGUAAAGUUAAAUAUUGUUGUACAGAUUUUCUAUUCCCGUAUCAGUGUUGGACUUAUUUUAAGUGUAAGGGUAUGAGACCAAGAAUUUUAUUCAAAUGAUAUAUUGUAUUAUCGCAAUUUUCGAAUUACAUUUUACACUAGGAUCAAUAAAGUAUUUCCCCUUAA